CCGGCAACAAUGUACCCAACGACGUCGUGUCAGACUUUCUUCUCCUCCCAGGAUCUUCUUGUCCAAAUUCCCCUGUGUUCUGAUUUUCCCCUUACCAAUAUCGUAAACCCUUUCUAGUAUUGCACAAAUACGCUGAUCAGAUCGCUCAUUGAGGUGAACAUUUCGAGAAAGAAGAAAUGGUGAUGGUGACAGCCGUACGAGAUUACAUAAAUCGCAUGUUACAGGACAUUUCUGGGAUGAAAGUCCUCAUCCUCGACUCUCACACGGUUAGUAUCGUGAGCGUAGUAUAUUCUCAAUCGGACCUUCUUCAGAAAGAAGUAUUUUUGGUGGAACUUGUAGACUCCACUUCCAUGUCUAAAGAACCUAUGUCACAUCUUAAAGCUGUUUAUUUUCUCCGUCCUACGUCUGAUAACAUUCAACUAAUGAGACGUCAGCUUGCUACACCUCGGUUUGGAGAGUACCACCUCUUCUUCUCCAAUAUGUUGAAAGAUACCCAACUUCACAAUUUAGCCGACUCCGAUGAGCAUGAAAUAGUUCAGCAAGUGCAGGAGUUCUAUGCUGACUUUGUUGCGGUUGAUCCCUAUCACUUCACCUUUAAUAUUGCUUCAAAUCACAUGUAUAUGCUCCCGGCUGUGGUAGAUCCAUCAAGUUUACAGCACUUUUGUGACCGAGUGGUUGAUGGAAUCGCCGCCAUUUUCCUGGCCUUCAAAAGAAGGCCCAUUAUUCGUUAUUCAAGAACAUCUGAUAUUGCAAAACGGAUAGCACAAGAAGCUUCGAAGCUCAUGUACCAGCAGGAAAGUGGUCUUUUUGACUUUAGGCGAACGGAAGUUUCUCCACUGUUGCUUAUUGUUGAUAGGCGAGAUGACCCUGUGACUCCCCUUUUGAACCAAUGGACAUACCAGGCGAUGGUUCAUGAGUUGAUAGGCAUUCAAGACAAUAAGGUGGACCUCAAAAACAUUGGAAAGUCAUCAAAGGAUCAACAGGAGGUUGUGCUGUCUUCAGAGCAAGAUGCCUUUUUCAAAACAAACAUGUAUGAGAAUUUUGGAGAUAUUGGUAUGAAUAUUAAAAAGAUGGUCGAUGAUUUUCAACAAGUUGCCAAAAGCAAUCAGAGUAUUCAAACAAUAGAGGAUAUGGCCAAAUUUGUUGACAACUACCCAGAAUACAGAAAAAUGCAUGGCAAUGUUUCUAAGCAUGUGACACUGGUUACCGAAAUGAGCAGGAUUGUUGAAGAACGGAAACUAAUGUUAGUGUCACAAACGGAACAAGAAUUAGCUUGCAAUGGUGGGCAAGGAGCAGCAUUUGAGGCUGUUACAAAUCUUUUGAAUGAUGAAAAUAUCUCUGAUGUUGAUCGUCUACGCCUGGUUAUGCUCUAUGCUUUGCGAUAUGAAAAAGAAAGUCCUGUUCAGCUGAUGCAGUUAUUCAACAAAUUGGCAGCCCGGUCUCCCAAGUAUAAGCCUGGGCUUGUGCAGUUCCUACUGAAGCAAGCAGGUGUCGAUAGAAGAACUGGGGAUCUUUAUGGGAACAGGGAUCUACUUAAUUAUGCACUUAACAUGGCUCGUGGUCUCAAAGGGGUGGAGAAUGUGUAUACUCAGCAUCAGCCUCUGCUCUCCCAAACAAUGGAGAGCAUUGUUAAAGGCCGUCUGAGAGAUGUGGACUACCCUUAUAUUGGAAAUCAUUUCCAGCAAGCUAGGCCCCAGGACGUGAUAAUAUUCAUUGUUGGCGGGACUACUUAUGAGGAGGCACGCUCUGUUUCUCUACAAAAUGCUACGAACACUGGAAUUCGUUUUAUCCUUGGUGGUUCUGCUAUCCUCAAUUCCAAGAGGUUUCUGAAGGACCUCGAGGAAGCUAAGAGAAUUACUCGGACGAGUAGUAAUGCGAUUUGAGUACCUGACGACACGCCAUAACUCCCAGAAGAGGUGUAAGAUAGCAAUUUUGAGGAUUUUUACGUGUUUUCCUUUCUAGAAUCUCGUGAUGUGCUUGGUUGAAACUUGAAUCUACUGUACAGAGUCUCUUUUACCAAUGAUAAUAUUGUGAUAAUAUUGGGCCAUCGAUUUUGUUUCACCAAGUAAAUAUUGAAAAACCAAAUUUAUUUGACAAAAAUGGGAAAGGUGAUGAAUAUGUGUUGGUCAAUUAUGUAGAAGUUGUUAGCCGAGUUUGUUUGCUCAACACUCAAGAGGUUGUGAUUGUGGAUUUAAAUGUAGAAGCACAGAAGCACUUGUUUCUUGCUGCAUGUUCAUACAUCAUACCACAGCUAUCUCGUCAUGCAAUGGAAAUUCUUGCUCUCAAAAUUAUUUGCUGGUGACUGCAAUUUUUUUUUAUAUUUUAUUUCAAACUUUUUGUUGUACUAUAUCAGGGAGAAUACAUUCAGUGAUAGAGUUGGAAUCCUGAGGGAAAUAUUAUUUUCUUCAUUAGAAGCUUCGAUCA